UGACAGCUGUGAAUCAUUGCCAACACUAAUUUUAGCUCCGUUACGUAUGUUUGCGUUAAUUUUUUAGUUACAUAAACAAGAUUGUCUCCCGGGGGGCGCACACCACCGCUGCCGUGCUCCACCACCGUUCGGGCGCACCCACAGUGGCGCAAGCCGCGGAAAAUUCCAGGACUUUGCUCGGGUCGGUUGCAAUGCAACGUUGCGCCCGUGCAUAAAAUAAAUCAAAGUGACUUUGCUAUCUGUCAACUGUCAUCGUUUGAAAAUUUAGAAAAAUGUCUGAAGAUGGGUUUUCCGACGGUUUCGACGAACCCACCAUGGAAAUACAGAUCGACACGCUCAUGGGCACCUCGUUCGACAUGCGGGUCUCGGCGACCGACACCGUCAGGGAGAUCAAGCAGAGAAUCCAGCGAGUCGAAGGUAUCCCGAUCCACCAACAAAACCUCAUAUUCCAAUCCAAGGAAUUGAAAGACUCUCGUCGAUUAUGUGAUGCAGGCAUCAAAAACGGUUCGAUAAUAAAACUAGUGAUAGCGAUGAAAGGCGGUCCGAUAUCAACCCGUCGCUUAUCAGUUAGUUGCGAACACCACAUGAUGUUAAAAGAACUGAAAGAACUCUUGGAAAACACCAGGGAUGAAAUCGGCGAUAAACUCGCCCCCGGCUCAAAAGUAUCAGUUUUAGUGUUCAAAGAAGGCGACAUUUUAAAUUUACUUCGAGUAAUUGAAAACGAAGACGGUUCAUAUUCCCCUUACAGCGAGAAGCCAAUAUCGCCCCCGAGCAAGCCACGGAAGGAGUCCCAAAUGGCAAUGUUCGAAAAACUGGUCGAAGACACCGAUAUGAUGACGAAAAUCUCGAAUUUGAGAAAGAAAAUGGAAGAUUUGAGUCUUCGACGACAGUCGCGCAACGUUAAACACAAAGACGAGGAAAAAGUCUCCUACAAGUUACUGACCGAGUGUUCGAACGAUUUACUCGACGUGGACUUGAAGAUUUUUGAGAAGAAUCUCGAAGAAGAGAGCCAGUCCGAGACCGAGGAAGUGGCCCUAAAAGACAAGCACCGGAUCAAGGCCCGGAAGUCGGUCUACAGCGAAAGCAAGGGGGCCUUCUCGCACACGAAGCAAAACUACGCCCGCAUCCACAAGAAGACGCGCGAACUGCGGGGCGAAGGCUCGAGCAAAGAGGGCGACCUGUGCGUCGCCGUGCCGAAAAACACCGUUCAUUUGACGCGGCUCGUCCUCUCGGAAGGGGUCGAACGGCCGAAAAGUACCGACAGUAUUGAAUUGGAGGAAAACGCGCAAGAUUUGUGGGAGAUUCACGAGCCGGCGACCGAAAGACUGAAACACAGCGCGACGUGCAAGUUCGGGCUGUUGAAGCGGCGCCAGAGCCUGGACUACGGGGGCUUCGAGGGGCUGGAGAACGCCCCCAAGCAGGAGUACAACUACGGGGAGGUGUGUUCGGGGAACUUCUUCCAUGUGCCCCAGUUCGUCAGCUCGCCGAGCGCCAUUCCGCCCCAGUACGCCCCCAAGGAGCAGGACUUGUACUACUUUCGGAAAAACAACCGCUCGCCGCUUUACGGCCGCAAGAACGAGGAGAGCUUUCUCGAGUGUUCGAGCAUACAGAGGCUGAAGAACGACGAGAAGAGUUUGAGUGAGAGUCUGCUCUCGGGUCAUGAUGAGAGUAUAGACGAACUGUACGGUUAUUACAAUUUAGGGUGCGCGAUAGGCGAGUCGAAGGUUUCGAAGAAGAAGGAAGUCGAGUUGCCGCCUGUGAUAAAGAAGAAGUCUAGGUGUAGCGAGUGCAACAAGCGGUUGAAUAUCACGAACAUUUACGACUGCCGAUGCGGGAAGAUCUUCUGUUCGCAGCAUAGGUAUUCGGAGGUGCACCGAUGCAGCUACGAUUACAAGACGGAAGGGAGGCGGAUUUUGGAGCACCAGAAUCCGCUUGUUACUGCCGACAAGAUUAACCGAAUCUAAACGAGUGCCUGGAUUUAUUUUAUUUUUCUUUUUCUUCAAACAUGCUGUAUUGUCGAUAUCAAAUAUACCGUUUACCAUUUUUUUGCCUAUUUGAGUGUUGUAUAUUGGAUUUCCGAGGUUAGGGAUUUUGGUUGUUGAGUCAGCACAAGUCGAGCUUUAAUAACAAUUUAGUGGAUUGUGCUAUUAUAAUAUCACUCAUCGUUAUAUAUUUUGUAAUUGAUUGUUUUACUUUAUGGUCUAACUAAUUAGAAUGAUAUUCUGUUUUAUUAUCGAAAACGUUCAAAUGUUCCUAGAGUAAUGUUUGGACCGUCCUAAAAAAUUUAUAAGACAAAACAAAAAAAUCAUUGUAUACUUUGUGAUUAUACUGUGUUAAUACUUUUAAUCGAUGUAAAUAUGUUAUGUAAAAUAUAACCCCACUCCAACUAA